AUGGCUUUCGAGGUCUUUCAGAAGGGCUUGGAAUCUACCAAAAUGGCUUGGAGGCCAGACCACCCAGCAAAGUUACAACGGCACGUGGCCACUUCAGUCCCUGAGGUUUGCAGACUCUAUCUGGUAGCGCACGCCUCUGGCCAGGCACACAGCCUCCCAGAUCAUCUGCACGAAGACAGCGACUGCUCUUUGCACAAACCGCCUGACGCUCUGCGUGCUAACAGUAAACGCUCUUAUGGUCCCGCAGAUUCUGCUGUAACUUUGGCCAGGGCUCGAGUUGCUUCACUUGCAAAGUGA